GACGGAAAUUGUAACGCUAGGGAUCGAAGAAUCACCAACUAACACAACACAAUGCUCCUAUAUUUUCGAAUCCACCAUUAAUGUAACGCUUCAAAUCCGUCAAAUCUCGCAAUCGCAGUCAUUUCGACCUCAAAGAUCGCACUUUUCUGUUGCCAAUGGCGAAAACUCGACCAGGCAAGCGAGACUUGGAAUCUUACACCAUCAGAGGCACCAAUAAAGUUGUAAGAGUUGGGGAUUCUGUGCUGAUGAGAUCCGCCGAGAAUGAGAAAAACCCGUAUGUGGCUCGUGUUGAGAGCAUUGAGGCUGAUGUCAAAGGAAAUGUGAAGGUUCGAGCUAGAUGGUAUUAUCGUCCUGAAGAAUCAAUCGGAGGAAGGAGACAGUUUCAUGGAAUAAAAGAAUUAUUUCUAUCAGAUCACUAUGAUGUUCAAAGUGCUCAUACGAUUGAAGAUAAAUGCAUUGUUCAUACGUUUAAGAAUUACACCAAGCUUGACGGUGUGGGACCUGAGGACUACUUUUGUCGGUUUGAGUACAAGGCUGCAACUGGAGGUUUCACGCCUGACCGUGUCGCGGUGUAUUGCAAAUGCGAGAUGCCCUAUAACCCUGAUGACUUGAUGGUACAAUGUGAAGCCUGCAAAGACUGGUAUCAUCCUGCUUGUUUAAAUAUGACUGUUGAACAGACAAAGCAACUAGAUAGCUUUACGUGUGACGAGUGCUCAUCCUUAGAUCGUAAGAGGCCUCCCAGUAGGACUUCUGCAUCUGGUCUGCCCAAUGGCAAGGUGAAUCUUAAGCAGGCGGAACACAAGCGCCAAAAGAAGUGAUUUAACUGGAACAAGGUUGUACCACGUUUUAUGGGAGUUGUACAGUGGAGAUAAUCUUGUGGUGUUGACAAUUAGUGAUGAGAAGUCAGUCAGUCGUAGUUUAGUCUGUAUUAAAUGUCUCGACUCCUUAACUGGUGAUUUGAGAUUUCUGUUGUUCCAAAUUCGGUGGUUCCUUUGUCAGGCUUUCUUGAUCAUAAUGUUUGCUGACCACACCGUGCCCUCGCUCA